CAUCGAGUCCACUUCAUUUAAAGCAAUAGCACAAAAAGUUAGAUGUAAUUUGGUAAAUAUCUGCGAAAGGGCAACUGAUAGUGGUUAGUAGUAACCAACAAUACUAGUGAAACUUAGAGUAUGAUGAAUAUAGUUGUCGCUAUAAGUUUUUUUAUUACUGGUUUUCAGAAGCUGCUGCUAGCGACCCCCGGCUUGAUUAGCGUUCCGAAAAAGUCAAGUGGCUAAAGCGAAGCCAAGCUAACAUCACAUUGCUAACAGAAUCUAUUGUCAGAGGUCGACGUAUCACGCGGUGCUUGUGGGGCGUUAAUAUGCCUGCUGUGAAAUAGCGGUGUUGUCAAAUCAACUCUGUGCGCCCAAGUGACUCCGUCGUUAGUCUGGUAGAACAGUAUCAUGUCAACUAGCUUAGGCGGGCGGCAUUAGCAUUAGCAAAACAAGAUCUCUGCGUUGAGAGUCAGCUGACAACCUGCUGUAAGCUGCCAACAGACCAGUGAUGGACCAACUCAAAGUAAAGGAUCGUAUACUGGAAAAUAUCUCUCUGUCUGUGAAGAAGUUGCAGAGCUAUUUUGCAGCCUGUGAAGAUGAGACUCCAGCUAUCAGGAAUCAUGACCGGGUCCUGCAGCGCCUCUGCGAACACCUUGACCAUGCUCUGCUAUAUGGGCUACAAGACAUCUCCUCAGGCUACUGGGUUUUAGUCCUUCACUUCACCAGGAGAGAGGCUGUCCGCCAGAUAGACGAGCUUCAGCACAUAGCAACCAACCUUGGUCGAAGCCGUGCGUGGUUAUACCUGGCAUUGAGUGAGAGCUCUUUAGAGAGCUACCUGCGCCUCUUCCAGGAGAACCAAGGAUUACUGCACAAGUAUUAUUUCAAGAAUGCACUGGUCUGCAGUCAUGACCACCUCACACUCUUCCUCACACUGGUGUCUGGCCUGGAGUUCAUUCGUUUUGAUCUGGAGCUGGAUGCGCCCUAUUUGGAUGUGGCCCCCUACAUGCCAGAAUACUACAAACCCCACAACCUGCUGGACUUUGAAGAAAGGCUGCCCAGUUCAGACAGCUUGUCAUUGCACUCCUUUACUUCCCUCACAUCCACCAACCUGGAGUGGGAUGACAGUGCCAUAGCCCCUUCCAGUGAAGAUUAUGAUUUUGGUGACAUCUUCCCCGUGUUGCAGUCAUUGCCAAGUGCAGACUGGGAAGAGGGUGACCUGACUGACCAGGCCAGUUGCCCACGAUCCAGUGGAUCUGAUCCCCAAACAGUCAUAAGUGACACAGUGAUCCUUCCUGCUAGCAUGGUCAAGGUGAAGGUAGUAGCCUAUCCCUCUCCACACAGCCCCACAUUCAGACACAACCCCUUCAAUGAAGACUCAGACACCAACACCACCAACACCUCAGCUGAUGUCACACCAGUUCAUGUAGCCAGCCGCUACAACGCCACCACAACUGGAGAUGACACAGAGAUCGGCAACAAUGAGCUGGAGGUCAUCAGGAUGGCCAGAAGAAGGAAACCAGCCAAGAAGAGACGAGGGAGGGGCUCUACAGAUUCCAGUGGCAGCAUCCAUAACUCCAUCUCUUCUGAUCACAUGGAAAUGGCCACGGAGGAUGUGGAUUCAUUAAAUUGCACUGUAAUUCAUGUGGAUGGUGAAGAGGAGUUGAGCAGAAGCAGGUUGGGAUCAGAGACUGUGGAGGAGGGAGAAGAGGAAGGGGUAGAAGACCUUCUGCGCCUCCCAGAGAUGACCGACACCUCCAUGGACAAUGUAGGCCAACCCCUCUGUGACGUCAUGGAUCGUCUUAAUGGGGCUUUAGAUAAGGAGGCAAGCUGGGAGCACCCGGAGGAGGAGGAGAAAAGUAGUGACCAUAGACCCAAGGAAUCUACUCAGCAGCCCUUUCGAGAAGACUCAGAGUGUAAGCCUCCUGACCCAGUACCAGGGGAGACGCCUCACUCUCCUCUGGUCAAUGGCCACGAAUUUAUGCAGGCCUCUGCUCCGACCAAAGACUUAUGCUGCUUUACCCCCGUCAGUCCAGACUCUGCUCCCACAGGUGGUGGCCACAAUGACACUACAGAGCAAAGCCAAUCAAAGACUGUUUCAGGUUGCUUUGAAGAUGAGGGAGAAGCAAAAGCGCUUACAGGACAGGAGCACCUCAUGAAGAAGGAGAAGGGAGAUGUCCAAGGAGAGGAAACUGACAUGAAUACAUUUGAUGAGCAAACACAAGUACAAGAGGAGAAGCUCAGUCCCUCAGAAAGUUCUCACCCUGCAGAGUUUAAGGUGGACAACAAUCACUUGCUUCUUCUCAUGAUCCAUGUAUUUAGAGAAAAUGAGGAGCAGCUCUUCAAGAUGAUGAGGAUGAGUACAGGCCACAUGGAAGGUGACCUGCAGCCACUUUACCUGCUCCUCACUGACUGUUACAUCUACCUACUAAGAAAGGGUGCUGCAGAGAAGCCCUACACAGUAGAAGAAGCUGUUUCUUAUAAUGAGUUGGACUAUCUUUCAGUGGGCCUUGAUCAGCAGACUGUGACAGUGGUUUGCAUAAACCGGCGAAGGAAAUUCCUGUUGGACACCGCUGAUUGCUCACUGACUAUCUGGUUCCUAUCUGUUCUCAAGUCGGCCAUGGUAAAGGGCUGUCGUGAGCCACCUUACCCCUGUGUUCUGACUGACGCUACCAUGGAAAAACUGGCUCUCACUAAGUUUGUCUCCCAGGAAUCGCACUGUGAGGUAUCAGAAGUAUCUAUCCACCUCUAUUCAUUGGUCCACUGGGAGGAUCCAAUGGACAUGACUUUGUCUCCACAAAGUGGCAUACCAAGCUCCAGAAUUACCAAGGAAGGGAUUGUGCAGUACCGCUCUGGAACCACCUACCUGGGCAAAGAGCUGUGGAAAAGCUGCUACCUUGUUCUCAGCAAUGGGAUUCUUUACCUGUAUGCAGAAAGAACUGAUGUGAUACCUCUUCAGUCAGUCACCAUGGGAGGAGAGCACUGUGGAGGCUGUCGGCGCUCAAACAGCACAGAGCGCCCCCACGCCUUCCAUGUCAUCCUAACAGAGCGUCCACCACUGGAGCUCAGCGCCAACAAUGAGCAGGACAUGGCUGAAUGGAUGCAGUUGCUCUGUCAGUCUGUCUCUAAAGGGGUCAUCCCUCAGGGUGUGGUCCCUACUCCAUGUAUUCCAUGCUGCCUGGUGGUGACAGACGGGAAGCUGCUAACUUGCCAUCAGGACUGUCAGACGAGUUUCUUCCGCUCUCUGGGCAGCGUUGAUAUCUGUGAUAUCACCACCGUCAACCUGGAGGCCGACAAGGAGUACUGUGUCAUUGAGUUUACGGCGGAUCGGGCCUAUUUCCUUCCGCCCUGGGUUUUAUACUUCAGCAGCUGUGGAGAGAGAGAUCGGCUGUUGCAGACAUUAGACGACAUAUGGAAAACCAUUUUCCAGGUCGACCUUCCCCACAGAGAAGUGUGUGAUCCGUCAGUGCAGAAGCGUUGCAGUGAGGCUCUCAGUCUGAUGAAGAGCGCCUGGCAGAGGGCAGACAGUCUGGCCCGAGGCAGAGCCCAGCGCGAACCCUGGUGCUGAUGGACACACUCACACAUGCACACACAUGCACACACAUGCUCACAUUUGCUUACCGAACUAUCAGAGAAACGACCUGUGGAAGUACUAAUGCGUAUUGGACAUCACAUUAAAAGGAGACAUUCUCUCUUCAAAUGAAAUGAAGAGAGAUUCGUAGAUUGACAAUGAAUUUGAUUUGAUUCUGCUGAUGCAUGAUCAUUAUUCUGUUUCUCAGACAGCGCAACAGUGCAGAAUAAAACGUUUCCAUUUAAGGUAUCACAUGAUGUGAUACAGGUAUAUAGUAAGGGUGAUAAUAGAUGCACAACAUGCACAGUUGAGUUGAGUGAUGGGGGAGUUUUAAAUGAAUGAGCAGUACAUCUUUUACUCAGAAGUACUGCCUGUUGAAGUAUCUCGCGUUUGCUUUGAGAAUUCAGCCUCCACAAAGUAAAAUUAUACAUUUUAAAUCCAGCAAUGAAGUAAGUGUUUCCUCUUUUCCCUCAUGACCUUAAGUCUCUGAAAAAAACGUUUCCAGUUUCUCUGCUCAGUGUGAGGACAUGAGUAUUGAUGAAUUUUUUAUUUAAAAACAUGUUUUAAUGCUUCUUGUAAUAUAGUACGUAAACUAUACCAAGAAAGCCAUACAUGAAGGGAGCAGAUGCUGCUCUUUUGCAAUGUGGAAAAGUUCACACUCCUUGCCUUGCACACGCACAUGCAGACGCUUUUGUUACUUUACAAGACGUUAUACUGUACACCAACAUAUAACUAUGGAGCAAAUGUACAGCACUCUUUAGUAUGAACACAUAAUCACUACUAGGGUGUGUUCUAAUGCCUCAUACCUUUUCAAUGAAAUAUUCUCUCGUCCAUGUUGUUCAAUAAAUUAGCCUAACGGAAGGAAGAGGACCGUAGUGUGAAGUAUGUCUGGAUAAUUGUAGUGUUACAUGUUUAUAUAUAUUUAUCUCACAUCCAUCUACACCGGUUUAAAUGUUGUCCGUCAAACUAUCAGGAAAUGCAACAGACUUGCCUUUUUGCUCCACUCUUCAGAUGAGCGGAGGCUUCCAUGCAAACUUGCACAUUGUUUUUGCUUUUUGCUUUUUUUAAUGGUACCACUUUUGUUUUGUGUUUGUAAUAUCUAACGCUCUAUGAAAUUUCCAUUUUAGAAGAAAGAGUUGGCUGAGAGGUGAUUGCCUUGGUGUAGACAUUUGUCUCUGCAUUAUCAGAUUUAUAAUUAUAAUUGCCUUGACCCAUUGUGAGCUACAAGAGUUUUAGCUUACACCUGUGGUUGGCGACAUCUUACUGUGAGAUGUGGCCACUUUACGAGCUCUGAGACAUUAGUCUAUGAAAUCCUCUUCAGCAUUAGUCAGCCAUAAGUGAUGUAGGACCAUGGCUGUGGUUUAAUAGUCUUUAAAGUCAGAGCAAGUGCAUCACCCAUAAAAUAAUCUAAUAUUAAAGUGUCAUUUGUUAUUAGAAAUUCAAAUUGUUUUAAAUUAAGCCUUUUUAAUUUCUCUACGAAUCCUUGUCAUUGGGCGAUAAUGCAUGUGUUAAAAUCUGUCUCUUAACAGUGAUCAGAGACUUAAACUGCUGCUGUAUGACGAAAAGUGUGGCUUAUUUUUUUUGCAAUGACAAUAUUGUAUGAAAUAGCCAUUUUGGUUCGUCUAAUCUAAAUGAAGCACUGUUUGUCUAUUUAGGAGUUGCCUUACACUGAAUUAUGUGACAGACUGCACUGUCUGGGACAGGCAAACUGUCCUCUUAACUAAUGUUGUGGUUGUUGGAACAGGUCACAAACAUGUUUUAUGUAUUGAUGGGAAACCAAUCCCCACCAGGUGAUGCAUAUUCAACAAAGUAAGGUGUCAAAAAUAUUGUUGGUAAAAAGAAAAAAUACCAAAACAAAGGCCCUGAAUAGGUUCACGGUAUCAAAAACGUCCCAGUGAUACACACAGUAUAAUAUCACGUACUCAUAUGUUGAUACAAACGUCUGUCUCUCUCAGUCACACUGUCACUUAUAUUACUUCUGUUACUUAUAGCAUUACUCCGUGCUUUCAGGCUUUCAAAGUGACACUUGGCCUCAUCUUCUGCUCUUUUUCAAAGAAAUCUAAUCUCAGGUGAAAAAGGUACUUCACAUCCAAAACCUUAAAGAGUCACCGUGUGUUGUUAUUUUUAAAAUUGCUGUUUUUUCUAAUUCAUUUCUUUUUUUUAAUCAAAUUUUCUACUUUUGUUCCUCCAAUAUUCCACACAACAUUAUGAAGUUAUUUUUGCACACACACAGAAGAGCAAAAUGAUACCAUUAGUUGGAAAAGUUUUUAUUUCAGUGGGCUCCAAAAUAGGACUGGGAUGUUUUUUGUGUGUUUAAAAUCCUCUCUGUCGGUGGGUUCAUUUUUCACUAGGGAGGGGACAGUUGCAAUAGUUGGGCUAACUUGAAACAUUCAUUGGUUUAUCAUUGAAAAAAACAAGUGCUUAGACCUAUGAAGUGUGUAGUUUGAGCAGUGUUUUUGAAUGUUGGACAUUGCUGGCCAAUGAUGGAUGACUUUUUUUCAGUCCUACUUUGGAAAAGAGCGAUUUUUGAUUCUGUCCACAAAUGUAAACCGCAUGUAAUAUUUAUGUUUGCUAGGUUUCAUGAACUGUAAAUAUAGCACUAAUUGAGUAUAACAUACCAUGAAUUUGCAUAUAUAUAUAUAUAUAAAAAGCGGAGCAUGUUCAGAGGUUGUUUUCUUUUUUACUGUUCAUAUUGGUAAUGGAUGUGCAAAAAAGCCUUUGUGUUUGGACAGCCUAACUGAAUAAACUGAACAAAAAAAACUGUGGCUCCUGUGGUGAAACACGUUCACUAUGUGCCACAAUCGUCCCAAUAGUGGCUAAAAUCACUGGAUCAGAUAUUGAAAAUAUUGAUAUUGACAGAGAUUGUUGAUCUGUUGAGAGUCUUAUUUUUCGACAUAUGUGUUGUGGGCAAUGUUUGCUAUUGUUGCACUUCCCCCAGUCACCAGUAGAGGUCAUAUAUACCCUAGUUUUUUUGAAGGCACUUAACAGACGUGUGGGUUCUAAACAGAAGUGUGUAUGAAAUGGAAGUAGUUUGUCAUGCAUGCAAAACUUUUAAGAUGCUUAUUUUCUGUAUGAGUAUUAUUACCUGUUAUUUGUAUCCAUGUAAACCACUUAUGUAUGUGGAGCUUGUUUUCACACAUGAUUCUGUUUGAUUCAGCUUAGUUCGACAUACAUGACUUGAGGGGACAUUGCAUUGACUUACAUUCAUUUCAGGAGACUUACUCUAACCUUAACCAUAAUUACUACUGGCCUAAUCCUUACCCUGACCUUUAACCUUACCCUAAUCUCAACCUAACCUUAAAACAUAUCUUCACCUUAAAAUGUAGAGUCCCCAUAAUGUGACUGUGUAAACAGGUCUAGGUCCCCACAAUAUUAGUAAUACCUGGACACACACACACAUUUGUGCUUCAUUCAUAGUGAGGACUAAUCUCUAAUACUUUUAAAGAAGUGAGGACCAUCCGAAAUGUCCUCACUCCACAUGCUUAAUAUGACUUUUUGGUCCUCACAAAUUCACAAAUACAAUAACACACACAAACAAUAUGAAAAAGCCUGACCUCAACUGCCAACCUCCAACACUGGCUGAAUAAUCCCUGCAACCUUUCUCCAAAAACCCUUUGAAUGUAAUAAUAUUGUUUCAUGUAUCCUUUUCUGUUCUGGCUCCACAUUUAUUGUUUUUUAUUUUAUUUGCACUAACUUGUACAGCUGUUAAUUACUGAUAAACCUCUACCACCGCCUUU